AAGAACCGACACAACUUCUGUAACAAAUUAAUCACAAAAUAGAACAAUUUAAGUUAAACCAAAAAAAUCCAAAAUGAUGGCAACACGUACUAGGACACAAAUGCCAGUGGCCACGGCCACGGUAGGUCCUGCAAAUUGGCGAGAAGCAACACUUAAGGAAAUCAAAGUUUCCCAGUCAACCGUGGAUCGGAGCGACAAAGGACUCGAUCUUGGCCGGAGCAUAGAUCCGCUCCCUUCCCUUCGAGACAACUGCGCCCAGCAGAGCAACACCGUGGUGCAUUCCUACGUUCGAGAAACCAGGGCCGUCCUCGUGAAACUCAGAGAAAGUUUCCUAGACACCAAUGAAGAAAUCAAGAGCCUUAUUCGUGGCAAGGAAGCGCUGGAGAAGAAAUUGGAACACAUCCGAAAGGACAUAAGCCUGAAUAAAAUGAAUGUUGAGAUUCGCUGCACUCGACCUGCAAGAGAAAGGGAGCGCGAUGGAGCAGACACUCUUAUGGAUCGAGAACUCCGUCAUCUCUACCAACUUAAGAGAGCUCUAGAAGCCCAGUUAAGAUCAGUUCAAAAACAACUACAGAUUCUUGACCAAGUACGCAAGAGGCUGAAUGCUGUGAUUCAAGAACGCAACCGUGUCCUUGACCUCAUUUGCCAUGCCGUCUCCUCAGUAACCAACGGUCGCGCAUCCCGCAACAAUGGCCGCCUCUCCCGCCAAGAGAAGAACAUGACAAUGACUUUUGGUGCAAACAGCCUUGGCUACACACGCCAGAUAGACGUCAACAUGAAUGGCAACAAUGGUCGCUCAAGCAAGCUGGAUGGUGAAGAGAAAUCUGACGAGUUACCCAUCGACCCUCUAGGUCCGUUCACCCCAGAAGCCAAUGCAGCCAUUGAUCAGGCACGGGAAGCCCGGAACCGGUCUGUGAGACUCAGACGAGAAAUAAAAGAUGCUAUUGAGAAUACUGAACGUCUUGUGGAGACGGCACACAAGGCUGUUAACAGUGGCAUGAAUAAGAAGGUGGCUGAGACCAUCACACUAAGGCAACAUUUGACGGUAGCAGCUGGUGAGAAUCGUCAUGCCAUCCACCGUUCUCAGCGCUGGUAUGAUUCUACAGAUAGAGCUCGUUACUACACUGUAGGCCCAGAGAUGCAAUCAGAUCUAGAGAUGAGAGAAAGACUAGACAGGCCGCUAGUCCGUGUGUAUCAACGUCAUCCAGGAACCAAUCUGCCCGAGGCUCAAGAUAUAAUCAGAGGAGCUGCUGGGCUGGAUCAAUCUCUCUUGACGACGAGUCGUAAUAUUGCGAUGCUCCAGAUGGGACAGAAUCGCCUCCAGCAUGACAUCAGACAUAAGAAGGCUGCUUCAAGUGUAGAUUCAUCUAUUGUUAGAAUGAGAAGACGUCUUGCCAAUCAUCGCUGGGUGAUGGGAAGUGUAUAAAAAGUCAAACCAUAACAUCUAUUAUCGACACCUCUAAGAAACAACAACAAAAAAGACAUGAAAAAAAACUGCAACGAAUAAUACAAACAUAAACCAUUCGACCAAUAAAGUCCAGUAUCGACAUAGGGACCUCUGAAAACCCACAAAAAAGGGCAAGACAAAAUUGAAAUGAACAUUAUACAAACAUAACAAAGUUGGAUCUUUGGGAAUUUUAAGGGUAUUUUCACAGUAAUGGGGACAAAAUAGAUCGACAUAGGGACCUCUUAAAACCAACAUUAAAGGCAUACAAAAUUGCAAUGAUUGUUAUACAAUGUACAAACAUAAAAAGUGUAAAAAUCAAAGGUAUUAGUUUUUUUCACAGCAAUGGGGGUACAGUAUUUUUUUUCAUUUGGUCUUUCAAACCAAGACGAGAAUGUCUUUAUCAAAGACCAUUCUGAAUGAAUGUAUGCAUAAAUGAGAAAGGGGAAAAUCUCUUUUUAUAUGGUUUGUAAUCGUUAAUGGAUACAGUGAUUGAAUUCAUUAUCUUCGGAUGAAAGGCCAGAUUAAGAAGUAGUACCAAACAUUCAUCAUUUUAAGUUACCUGCGGGUGAAAAAGCCAGUGGAGGAAGUAUUUUCAUCGUAGUUAACCUUACAAUUUUAUGCUACUAAUUGUUUGUUUUGAGUCAUGACUACAGUAUUAAUAAAUACAUAGGAUCAUAGUCCAUGGACUUGUGCCCGUUAAACAAACGUGGUAAAGUUCAAUUUUAUCCACAAUUGCAAACAGGAACACAAAAUCUUUGAGUUCUUCAAAUUAGCAUAAUUUGCCCACUUAAUAUUUUUAUCUUGUAGUAAUAAUUUAGAGUCCGUAUAUCACAAAGAUAGGAAAGAAUUUCUUUGUAUUAAGUUAUGCAAAAUACGACUACAUGUAUAAGACGAUCUAAUUAUGCAAGAGUAAUUUUUAAUAACACGUAAUUGAUUCACAUAAAUCUUUUUGGACACUAUGCACAGUGGAGACAUGGAAUGUUUCCACCAAAUAAACAAUGUGUUAACAUUGUGUUUUUGCCAAAUCUUUUAAAGUUUGAUAUAUUCCGUCCAUUUUUAGUUCAAGUAUACUUUUUCCUUUCUGGCAGAAAGGAGAGCAUGAUUUUGAAGAAUCAAGCAUAAAUAAUUCACAAAUUUGAGUAGUUUUUAUAAACAUUUUUCUUAACCAACUGAAGUGUGCUUCUACCAAUGAUGCAGUAAAAAAUAUAUCAACUGCAAAACUGAAUUGAUUUUGAGAGCAAAAUUCCGACAGGAUAUUUUUGCAUUCAAUCAAAUGUGUAAAUUUUAACUUUGAAACUUUUGUAUAUAUUUUGCUUAUUUUAAAAUUGUUUAACUGUGUAAAUAUGUAAUGCAAUUUUGUGAAUGCUGUAAUUUGUGGCCAGCUCUGGUCCUAAGACCCAAUUUAACUAAUGAGUACUCAAUUGGCCCCAAAACUUAAAUAUUAAAAAUAGAAAAUAAUAUUUCUUUCAAAAUCAUGUUUUCAUUAACGCUACAGGGUUGUUAACUUGUUAGUCAAGUAUAUCAUAAAGUGUCAAAAACUGGUUAAGGUGAAAUGGAUCAUGAACAAAUGCAGUGGUUUUGUUUAAUAACUUUAUUCUUUUUAUACAGUGCCUUCAUUUUGAAAUGAGUUUUGUGUUUGUUUUUUAUUAUGUCAGUGCAUUUAUAAUGCAUUCUGCAUGUGUAAAGGAAACCUCUGUCUUUAUUUUUGCAUAAUACUUUUUAACAUUUUAAUCCCGCCUACUUUUUGUAUGCACAAAUAAUUUCACAACGGUUUGUAGUUUGUGCAAACACACUUCACUCUCUGAGCAUGAAUUCAGAAUAAAUAUAGAAACAAACCAGAAGUGUUGACUGUCCUUUGUUUUGGUUUCAGUUUAGUGUUGUUGUAAUAUAGAGUAGUUUGAAGUAAAUGUUGAAUUGAAUAGAUAAAAUUUGGGUUGAACAAAGACACAUGAAUACAAUAACAGGCCUUUAACCUAGGACCCCGGAUUGACGUGCUGGUGCUCUACCAACUUAGCUAUCUCGCCCUACUUUGGCGGUCUCUCUAUUUUGUCAAUAUCAUUGUUCAGGGAGUGCCAGUCAGAGGCCAUUGAACCUGUCAUAUAGCUAGGGAUUGGGUGUGCAAAAGUUUACACACGAUACAAAUUUAGAUUAUGGCUUCAUUAUCUUAUACAUCCUUCAUUAAUAGCAUUUAAUAUUAACUUAUCUGAGAGUUCACAAUGUACAUUGUACAAUAUCAUGUCCGUAGGUAAUGCUUAAGAUUAUCAGAUAAAAACAACUUUUUAAAGAUCAGCUCCAAGGUUAAAUUCAGUCUUGUGAUGCACUCAUUUUCAAAUGGACAAAAUCCUUAUGAAGAAAAACCAACAAGUGUAAAAUGAUAUAUAUUUUUUUUAUACAGAGUGAAUUUUGUUACCGUCCAAAAUCAUCAAAAGACACAUUUUAAUAUAUUAAUGGUCCAUACUGUUUCACGUGGGAAUUACUUUAAAUUCAAUCCUGAAUUUCUAUGAUCAAUUCAAUUCUAUUCAAUCAAUACAGCAGUAAAUUUGACUUUUCGACUGGCACAAAAAUUCCUCUUUUGAAUUUACAGAAAUUCCUCUUUGGAACCCAUUUGUUAUGAUGUCCAACUGACUUCGUGGUACAAAUUUUGCUCUAAAAGACUUUCAAAUAAAAUGACAAUUCACACCAUUUUAAAAUAAGACUUGUAAUAGUUUCUCCCACGUACAUAAGGACUCUUAAAAAUUAGGGCAUCACAAAACUGAAUGAUAUCGGAGCCCUCUUUAAAUUAUCUUGCAGUGAUGUACUAGUUGGUAGCCAUCCAUAAUACACUCAUCUUUCAUAAUAGAAAGGUUAAGCAGAGAAACAUAAAUAAUGUCUGGACACCAAUUCUUGAAGUGUCCCACUAAAAUUACAACCAUCAUUAUAGAUACAGUAGGCAGUGGUACAGAUUCAAAAGGCCACUAACCUCAUCUAAUUCUAAAUGCCAACAUAAAUUCUGACGCCCCCCCCCCCCCC